GUGUGUGUAUAUAUGGUUCAAAUCCUUUUUUUUUUUAAGGACUGGAUUUUUUGUUGUUGUGAGUAAGCACGUUUUCUUUUAUCUGUUGUAGCAAUAAUUAUCUGUGUGUGUUGCUGUGGACAGUUUGUCCAGCUUUAUAUAAGUCACUAACACUGAGCAGGUCUGAAGCAUUAGCUGGAUCAGCAUCAGUCACUCAGGACGAAGAGGAGAUCCUGUACAUUGCUAAAUGAAGCAUGAAGGCGCUUCCCCCAGACACAGUGCGACUGCUCUCCAGCACGCAGGUGAUCACUUCUGUCACAAAUGUCGUCAAGGAGCUGAUCGAAAACUCGCUUGAUGCUGGAUCCUCGAGCUUAGAAAUCAAACUGGAGAAUUAUGGGUUAGAUCGUAUCGAGGUGCGAGACAACGGCUCUGGAAUCAAAGCGGCUGACACUCCUGUUAUGGCAGUAAGUCAUUACACGUCUAAAAUCUCCUGUCAUGAAGAUCUGGAGAAUCUCGAAACGUACGGCUUUAGAGGAGAAGCUCUCGGAUCCAUAUGCGCCGUUUCCGAGGUCAUUAUCACCACGAAAACAGCCGACGAUGACAUCAGCACCCAGUACACACUCGACUUCAACGGGUGUGUGGUCUCGAAGAGGCCCUCGCACCUGGGACAGGGUACCACUGUGUGUGCAUUGAAACUGUUCAAGAACCUACCUGUCAGGAGACAAUAUUACUCCAACAGCAAGAAGUGCAAAGACGAGCUGAAGAAGGUGCAAGAUCUGCUCAUGGCAUACGCCAUCAUCAAGCCUGAGCUGAGGAUCGUCUUAACGCACAAUAAGGCCAUGGUGUGGCAGAAGUCCAAGGUAUCGGAUCACGGCGCAGCUCUCAUGGCCGUGCUCGGAUCAUCCACCGCCGCCAACCUUUUACCAGUCCGACAUCGCCACGAGCAAGAAGAGAUUAGCAUCGAGGGAUACUUUCCCAAGCCGAACUCCGAUCUCAACGUGACAAGUUCCAGUACCUCAGACAAGACGUUUAUUUAUGUGAAUAAUCGUCCUGUGAAUCACAAAGACAUCCUGAAGCUUGUGAAGCAGUACUAUGCAAACUCGGCUCAUUCGGAUAACGAAUCAGCCAGCCGCCGCUUCCCCAUCCUGAUGGUAAACAUCACUGUCCCUACCUCGAAUGUGGAUGUCAAUCUAACUCCUGACAAACUGCAAGUGAUGCUUAAAAACAAGGAUGCUGUGCUUUUAGCAGUGGAAUCUGUCCUGAUCUCAUUGUAUGGGUCUUAUUCCGUUGGGAAUGACAACCAGGCAAUGGCAGAAGAGUCUCAUGCUGUGGAGGGAAUCAGGAAAAAACCUAAUGAAGUGCCGGAAAAAGGUGCACAGGAGCCUUGUGUGUUUGCUCCACCUGUGGUGCCAGACAAUUCCACCACACACACCAAGGAAAAGGACAGCGAGGCAUCCGUACCAGGUACUGCCAACACAAGCUCGUCUUCCUCAUCAGAGGACUGGGUAAUCAACACAAGCUUAAGUGAUUCAUCGUUUGCCGAGAAUGUAGUGUUAAAUUCUACAGCUGACUCCCUGGACAAAAGCGAGAGCUGUCUCAUGCAAGUGGACAAGGAGAUCUCGGCAGAGAGUUGGGCCAUGGGUAAGGCUUUCACAGAUCCUCUAACUGGAGAAUGCCUCGAGCCCGUGAAGCUCCAUCAACCAGAAGCUCAAAAAGAUGAUGACCUUGCAUCAGAAACCAAAACAAAAAGCAGCAGCCCGUGCACAAGACCCACAAAUGUCAUUGUGGAGAAAAUGGGCAAAUUAACAGCCUACGACCUGAUCAGCAGCCGCUCCGUGCGUCAGCCGAUUUCCGCGUAUGCUCUGUUUGAGCAGGACGCCAGAUCAUCUGUCCUGCUGGAGAAGCCACGAGCCAGUCUGCAGGAUGUCACUGCUGCUGUAAAAGAGAGAUGGGAAAGCCUCAGGGAGGAAGAAAGAAAAAAGUAUGAGGAAAAGGCACAUAAGUCUCUGGAGACCUACGACCAACAGAAAACACGUGCAGCAGCUGGUGUCAGUCCUGACUAUCAACAUCAGAAAUCCGAUUCCUUUCUGAACAAAACCAAGGGCGUGAAACGCAAAGCCCCCGAGUCGGAGCAACAGACCCUGGACAAACACUUCAGCUCUCAGACUGAGAGCAAGAAGAAACCUACCAAGGUGUCCGAGGUAUCCAAGCCUGUCGAGUUUAGCAUAGAUGCCCUCAGACGAGCACUUCAGCCUGAGCAUCGCUCCCGCCCGAGCGAGCAGCGCCUCCAGCUUGUAAACCGGUUGCCUUCUCAAUGCGCCUGGGUCGUUUUAUGUGGCAGAAAGCUCAUGUUGUUAAAUCCAUUUCGGGUGGAGGAAUCCCUGCUGUUUAAGAGACUUCUGGAGAAUAAUAUACUUCCAGCAGCGAGUCUGCAGUCCCCUAUACAGCUAACAGAUGGUGUUCUCGGUGGUCCCGAAUUCAUGGAUGUUCUUAUGAAUAUGGAGAAAGGGAGUCCGUCUCUUACCGGUGAAGUCCUCUUUACAGAUGCCAGGCUGGUAGCCAAUGGCUUUCAGAUCAGACUUACUCCAGGUUCCUCGAGUGUUGAAGUGACAGCUAUGGCUGACUGCAUGCCCUUCUACGGCAUCGCGGACCUGAGGGAGAUACUGACGGCCGUGAAGGACAGGAACGCUCAGACCGUUCAGCAGUGCAGACCUCUCAAAGUCUCGAACUACCUGGAGGGGGAGGCUGUGAGGAUGGCCAGACAGUUGCCACUGAACAUGUCCAGAGAGGAUGUCACAAACACGCUGUCUCGCCUGACACAAGAGUUCGACGGAAAGCGCGAAGUCUGCCUUCAUGGACGGCCGUUUUUUCACCACCUCACUGAUGUUCCUGAGACAGAUCAGGAGGCUGUGGACAUCUUGUCCAGCAUUAGCUGAGAAUUUCAAGAACUUUUUAAAGUUAUGUUACGUUCUGCUACAGCGAGACUUUCUAUAAAUGUUAUGCAAGGAAAUGCAUAUUAUUAUUUUCAGUAUCAUGUUCAGUAAUAGUUUUUUUAUGAAUGAUACUGUCAUUGUGGCAUUAAAUAAUUAGAGUGUAUGUUUAUGGAAAAAAAUUAAGUGCAUAUGAAAAUAAAUAUUUUCAUUUGUCAUAAGAAUUUUUUUUUUUGCUUCAUAAGAAAUGUAAGCCAUGAGAUUAGACUCAGAAUGGAAAUGUGCAGAAUGGGGCAUGGUAAUAAAUAAUCUGUGUUUGAAUUAAAACUGCAGGUGGUUGGACAAACAGGUUCUCCUGGUUCUCACCUUGUGACGCAGUAGUUUGGUCCUUCUCUCUGUACUGAUUAUGAUAUACAGAACAACGUUCCAGUAAACCCUUUGGCAUUCCUGAAAAGCACAGCAGAUGGAUUUGUUUUGACAUGAUUAAGGAUGCCUCAGAUGACAUGAUGUAGAGAAGGACGUGCUUGU